UGGGUUUUCCAUCGCCCAACCAUGAAGCUCAUUUUUCCUCUCUUUGCCACCCUCAUGCUUCAGUGUCAGGUGAAAUCAGAAUUUUUGGUCGUGAAAAGAUGCUUAAUGGGCUUUGGGAAAUGCAAAGACAGCUGCCUUGCUGAGGAGACCCAUAUGCAGAACUGCAAAACCAAAAAGUGCUGCAUGGGCCCCAAAGUGACAGAACUGAUUAAAAGCUACCUGCGGCAAGAAAUACCCCACAUACCCGAUGACGACAUUGUGGAGAUGAUGAAGACCGAAAAGAAUUACACAGAGGAGAUGCAAAGAAAACAAGCCAUAAAGAUGGCACUCCCCCAAAGCCGAGCUGCCAAGAACCUUUUGCCCAGUACCAACUCUGCCAUCAGCCCAAACACCUUCACAGUGAAGUCUGUCACCACCAGGACCAGGGGACGCCGCAUGGGCAAUACUGCCUCCACCGAGACGCACACCAAACAAAACAGGGAUUCUGCCAGUGCUGCCUCUCGGCCCCAACCUGGACCACCUUAGAAAUGGCCAGCACCCCCAUGGCAGUGGGGAAGCAGAAUAGUGGGUAGCAGGUCUUUCUCCUGGGGCAUCCUCUCUACCUCCACAGCCA